AUGCUGCUAGGCGUUUACGAUAGGAAACGAGCUAUUCAUGACAUGGCAAAGAACGAGCCCCAAGUCGAUGUGAUUACUGGAGACUGGAUGUCAGAGUGCAACAUGACUCUCCGCGGAUCUGACAAGCGGGAUAAACUUAGCAACAAGCAAUUAUCGGCCGUUGGUGCUGCUUACGAGCCCUACUUUUUGGAGGAACUUGACCCAGCUAUUCCAUGGCUCGCAAAGAACAAUACCAAAGUCUGCGUGAACGCCGGAGCAAGUGACGUACAAGGACUUGCAGAUGCUGUCAAGGAGUUGAUCGCGAAACACGGCGUGGAUCUCAAAGUUGGAUAUGUUGACGGUGACGACGUCACGGAUGCCGUCUUGGACCUGUACAAGAAAGGCGAGAAUUUCCCAAACCUUCCAGCUGGAAAGAAUAUUCAGGACUGGGGUUAUGAGCCCAUCUGUGCUCAGUGUUACCUUGGAGGAACUGGCAUCGCCGCAUGCUUUGCUGGAGGAGCCGAUAUUGUCGUUUGUGGUCGAGUCGCUGACGCUUCUGUGACUGUCGGUGCUGCGAUGUGGUGGCACGGCUGGACUCGAGAGCAGAAUGUCCAAGAGCUCGCUGGAGCUUUGAUGGUUGGCCACGUGAUCGAGUGUUCCACAUAUGCUACAGGAGGCUAUUACAGCGGCUUCAAGGACCUAGGAGUAAACGACACUGACAUGGGUUAUCCCAUCGCAGCAGUCGAGCACAAUGGUGAGGCAGUGAUCACCAUGGAAAAGGGCCGUCACGGCUUGGUAAACACCGCCACUGUCGCUAGUCAACUAUUGUACGAAAUCCAGGGACCGUACUAUUACAACUCCGAUGUCACUGCCCAGAUUGAGAAUGUCAAGCUUGAGCAAGUUGGAGAGAAUGCCGUUCGAAUCUCGGGAGUCGAGGGACAGCCUGCACCCCCGACUACCAAAGUCGGAAUCACAGCAAAGGGUGGUUAUCAGGCAGAAUUUCAUUUUUUCCUCACCGGGCUAGAUAUCGAGGAGAAGGCAAAGAUGGUUGAGAGGCAAACACUCGCCCUAAUGGGAGAGCAUGCCAAGAGGUUCUCGUGCCUGAAGUUCCAGAUCGCAGGAACCGUCCCUCAAGACCCUCAGUCUCAAGAUGAAGCUACAGUCGACAUGCGCAUCUUUGCGCAGACUCAAGACCCUGAUCUUCUGUCCGCUGGUGCUUUUGUGGACUCUGAUCGAGGCUCAUUUGCUCGAUUCUGCAUCGAAAACUUGCUGCAAGGUUAUCCAGGAUCUACCAUGACGCCAGAUAUGCGGCAGGCAAUGGGACGCCCAUUUUUUGAAUAUUGGGUUAGCUUAAUGCCUCAGACAUUUGUCAAGGAGACAGCUCAUUUGCCCGACGGCAUGGUCGUCGACAUCCCUUCUCCGGGGCUGACCAAGGAGUACGACUUCAACCAGCCUUCAUAUAACACUCGCAACCCGGUCGAUCUCUCGUCUUUUGGCCCUACCACCCGCGCUCCUCUCGGAUACGUGGUGAUGGGCCGUUCAGGAGAUAAGUCGUCAAACGCUAACCUUGGCCUCUUCGUGCGUCACAAGGACGAGUACGAAUGGCUCCGAACCAUCCUUAGCGUCGAGAAGAUUCGUGAAUUGCUUGGGAAGGACGAUAAGGGCAAGAACAUCGAUCGGUGCGAGAUGCCAAACAUCCUGGCGGUGCAUUUCCUGCUGAGGGACCACCUAGAUAGAGGGUUCAACGCGACAAGUGGGUAUGACAGCUUGGGCAAGAAUCUGUGCGAGUAUAUCCGGUGCAAAUAUGUGGAUAUCCCGAAUAGGUUCUUGGAGCGCGGUCGUAUUUGA